AUGUCUCAAGAUCAAGGAAAAUCUGCUUCUAGAAAGAAAAAAUCCACAGGGCGAGAAUGGUCGGAUCGCGACACAGAUACCAUCAAACGUUUGGUGAAUGAUUACCCCCAUGCAGAUUGGGAGACACUCCGAAAAGUAUACGCGGAAGGGAAAUACGAACUCUCAAGAAGUUAUAGUCCAUUAGUUAUUCAUGAAGAAGUGAAGGCUAGAUGGAAGAAAAUCGCCGAAAGGACGGAAUUUGCCCCAGAACAAUGGAUGAUCUUGUGUAAAGAACGAGAUUCCAAAGAUCAGGCCCGACGUAGCUACACUAAGAUUUGGUUGGAGUUUUUUCCAAAUUACACGAAGAAAACUCUUGAAUUAAAGUAUCGAAGUUUAAGUGAUGAGGAUAUAAAAAAGUACCUAAAGGCAUCUGCGACUAGUCAGAGGAAGAUUGCUCGAACAGAACCUCCAGGGGGAUAUGCUUUGGAUAUGAUUCCAGAAGAUAAUGCCAAAUACGUCUAUGCCACUUGGUUCGAAGGGAAAGAGAGGCGACUGAUGAACGAUGAUCAGUAUCUACACACAUAUUUCCUGAAAUAUGGCUUCAAGAAUCUCACCAUAAACGCCAUAAGUCAAUUCGUCAAGAGAAUGAAGAAAACCGACAAAUCGGUGCCUAGAUCUAUGCCUGCUAUUCCCAUCAUAAAAGGUAUUUGGUGGAAUCACGAGAAUCUCAAUUAUCUCAAAAAUAUUGUGGAAAAUGAACUAAAAAGUGUUUUUCACGGAGACUGGAAGAUGGUACUUGAAUAUCGCUUCGAAGGCUUAGGGCUAAAUCAUACCAUGCUCUCACAGAAGUACAAUGCUCUACGCUCUGGUAAAGCUGCGGUAAAUAUUGACGUGCGGAUAAAUCCUGCAAAUCUGAAUCUGGAGAAACAAAAUAAAGUUUUUAAACGGGCCCAUGGACUGAAGAAAAUUGUUUGGGAUGGCGCAAAUGAUGAUUUUGCCCUAGCAUACUACUCAUAUUGUGAGGGAAAAAGAUCUCACAUUGAUACAGGGGUAGACGGGGAAGUGUUCCUGAAACGCCAUGAUUUUACAGAUACUUUAAUGGAGGUAUACGAUCGUGGCAGCGAACUUAGAAACGGGGGAUCAAAGCCAAGUGGUAAAGAGAUAGACCUAAGAGCUGGACCACCGGGAAAAUACUUGAUGGAUUUAAAGGAUUGGGAAUUCCACGAAUGGCUUUGUGACACUUCGGAUCAUAACCCGGGUGAAAUCACUGACCUAAUGAAGUAUCAUAUGCCGCGAUGUGCGAAUGAACCAGCUGAAAUAUACGAUUUACGGCGACAUCUUUGGGAUACGACGGGACAUGAAGAUAUAGAAUGUCCAUUGAAAUUCACUAGAAACCCUACUACUAAGACAAGCAAAAAUACGAAUAAGACACCAAGUAGUAGUACAAAGCCAUCUAGUAGUCGAGAAGCAUCACAACGAACCGAUGCCCAAGAUAAUCGAGACCUAUAUGAAGUCACUCCACCACCUCCAAAGUCAUCCCGCUCAAAGCAACCUGCAGAAGGAUAUGCAUCAGGAGGAUGGACAAGCGUAAAAAAACCAGCACCCGAGCAGCGACGUCAUUCUCCAUCUAGAUCCAACGAGCCCGAAUCACGAACUGCAUCUCUUGCAUUUCGACCAAGUCCUUCAUCUGGUGGAGAGAGUCACAAUGAGGCUUUAAGAUCUUCACGUAGCAGAACAGAACCUCAUCAGAGUGACCGCCGACAAGAUCCCACUUCUAAGUCUCGCACUUCGGAUAGCAAUACUAGUAGAUCAGUGGCGAAACGACCUGCUAGAUCGCCUGAAAGGAAAGAUGGUAGUAAGCGAACGAAAGAUGGAAUUGAUCCACUAAGAAGGUAA